AUGGCCGAGACGCAGGAGCUGCUGCUGCAGCUGCAGAAGGACAACCGCGACGGCCGACUGCGGAAGCAGGAGCUGGAGGAGCUGGUGCGCGGGCUCGAGGCCGAGAGCGAGAGCCUCACCGGGCGCCUGCAGGACCUGCGCGAGCGCGAGCGCAGCCUGCAGCGGAAGCGAAGCCAGGUGGCACGGAGCCUGCGCGGGGAGGCGCGCGAGGCGGCGCGGGAGCGCGCGGAGCGAGCGCGCGGGCUGCUGGAAGCGGCGGAGCAGCACCAGCAGGACUUGGAGCAACACAACCGACAGCUGCAGGAGCAGUGGGAAGAGCUGUCGAGUCAGCUCUUCUACUACGGAGGGGAACAACUGAGUCAGCAGCGCGCCGAGCAGCAACUCGGGACCCAACUGAUGGCGUUGCAGAAACAACUGGAGCUGGUGGAGGCCAAGCACGCCAAGCAGGCGGAGAGCCUGCGGCAGGGCGCGCAGCGGACUGAGGAGGCCUGGGCCAGCUUUCAGGAGCAGAGCGGAGUCCUGCAGGAGCUGCAGGGAAAGGUGACGGAGGCGGCGGCUGCGCUGGACGCCUCGCGGGGCGGCCUGGAGCUGUGCGACUCCCAGCCUCGCCGGGAGCAGGACUGCGCGGGCUCGCUCAUGGAGGAGGUGGCCAAGGCCGACUGUGAGAGGCGGCUUUUCACCGGCACUGGCAGGGCGGGCAUCAGGCUGUGGGCGCUGGGCGCGCUGCAGACGCUGCUCUUGCUCCCGCUCGGCGUCCUGGCGCUUCCGCUGCUCUACCUGACGCUCGUGAACCCCUCCGCCCUCCGCCGGGGACUCCCGCACUUUGUCUCGGACGCCGCCUUCCGCCGCCUGCGCUACACGCUGUCCCCGCUGCUCGAGCUGCGCGCGCGCGGCCUGCUGCCCGCCUAG